UUUCGAUGACAAACAUAUGUUAAAAUUCUCAUUAACAGUUGAACUUUGGAAAAGCAACCCUGCGAAAAGUCUUUGCAAACACUGCUGUUGAGAUAAAUUAAAAUUGUGGAAAAUUCAUUGUCACUUGUGAUUGUAUUAAAAACGUCUGAAAGUUGGAAGUGCGCAGUAUUUAGCAUAGAAAUUGAUAAAAUCGGUAAAAAAAAACAAUAAUUAGGUAUAUAAUUUGUAUGCAAAAUGUUAAUAAAUCUUAAGGUAAAGACGCUUGAUGCACAAACUCACGAAUUUAGUGUUGAUAAUGAGAUUACUGUGCGGGAAUUCAAGGAUAAAAUCGCUGAAAAAACGAAUAUUGCCGCGGAACAGCAACGCAUCAUUUACUGCGGUCGGGUCUUGGCAGAUGAGAAGCAAUUGAAAACUUAUGAUGUCGAAGGUAAAGUGGUCCAUGUUGCUGAACGUCCUCCGCCCUCUCAACGCGGUCCAUCAACUUCCAGUUCACAAAAUAAUGAUGUACCUCGUGAGACACGUACAGCUACUCGGGGAAUGCGUGGUUCUCCACUAUUUCGUGCAUUGGAUGGUUUGGUCGUAGGCACGAUGGCAAUCCCUGUAAAUUCAAAUAUUAGUAAUGGCCAAAUGCGUGUCAAUCCAUUUACAUCUUCAUCAUCUUUUUGUAUGAAUCGUAUUACUGUUGCUCGUCAUAUGUUGGAUUGUGCUAAUAAUAUCGCAAAUUAUCUUGAAGAUCCACAACGUGGUCUAAAUAACACUCCUUUGGAUAUAUUGACACGUGGGCGUUGGACAAUGGAAUCUACUGUUGUUGAAGUUGGUAUAUCUGCAGCUGAUUUACCAACAGAUCCAACGCAAAAUAUUAUGGAAAUGGUCCAUGGUGCUGUUUCGGCUGCCAUGCAACGUCAAGAACGCAACCCUAACAAUGUUGAAAAUCCAGCUGAAAACAACCUUACAAUUAAUACUUUACCUACUACUCGUCUUAUUAUUGAAGAUGCACAUAGUGAAGAUGAUAGCCCAGUUGACGCAGAACCUAACGCAAAUGGUAAUGCUGCUGAAGGCGCUUCCCCUACAACGCCAACAGAAAAUACAGACAAUGCAAAUACUGCUACUUCCAAUGGUGGUUCAACUGACACACCCCGACGUACACGUACACAAGUACUUGCAGAGGUUGUUGAACAAAUGCGUCGGGUGCAAGAACGUCUUAAUCCAUUUAUUGCACGUUUUUACACACUCUUACAUGAGGAUCCAACUUUUGAAGAAAAUGACACAACUGGACGUGAAGAAGCGCAACGCUUAUAUGAUCGUGUCUCCGAAGCUUUACAUUACAUGUCUCAUGCUCAACAUGCCAUUUCUGAUUUAAUGCUUGACGUUUCGCAAGCUACUCCACGCCAUUUAACUUGUCGUCCAAUAUUAGUCGAACAAAGUGGCUAUGUUACUUCAAAUAAUUAUAUUAUGGCUUCAGCUGCCGCCCAAGCCGCAGCUACGGCUCGUCAACAGAAUGCCAACAAUACUAGAAAUAAUAGAUAUAGACCAGCAAGCACAAGUACUUUAACUACUAAUAAUGAUUCUUCUAGUGCUAAUAACACUGAGAAUACAGGAAUGGGCACAGCUCAUGUAGCUAUCGUACCAAUACCUACUAACGCAGACAACGUUGUAGAGGAUCCAGUUGAUGAACCAAUUAUUGAAGUAAUGCCACCUACACAAGCAUCCAGUGUCAAUAUUGAAGGGCAAGGAAAUGGAGGUAUAGCGGAAAUUACUUUACAGUUAAACGGACGUCCUUCAAUUGCUAAUAAUCGCACCCUUACAAGCGCUAAUGCAUUAUCCCAGUUGAUGCAAGAAUAUUUUAACGCUAAUGUACCCGGUGAGAACGCAGUUCAUGUACAAAUUAACGCUCCAAAUAUUCUAGCGAUAAGUACACGUCCAUUAGAUCAACAAGAGGAAUUAUUGACAAAUAAUGUAUCAGAUACUGAUCAAAAUGAUGCUUCUUCACCCACUGGUGCUAAUGACUCUAAUGCAACCACAACAACCGGAGAUCAAGCACGCGUUACAACAGCUACACUACCAACUACAUCAACACAAACUCGUUCUACAUCACGUCCUCAAUUGCAAAUUGGCAAUUUACCACAAGGUCGCCUUAUGCCGUAUGGUAUGCUCUCAUCCUUUGAUCGCUUUUUGCCUUGUAACAGUCAUCACAUACGUGAAAAUACCGAUAAUAACGCAAAUGGUGGCAGUAGCAGAUCUCGUGGCGUGGCCGUAACAUCUCGUCGUCCUAGACGUCAUAUCAUAGCACGACGUUCAGGCAAUGGUUCUAAUAUAGUUUCUAUACGUAAUAUGUUUCCGCAAACUUUAACAUCGAUAUUCCAUCGGAAUGCAGCUACACCAACAACUACAAAUGCUGCUGACAAUGCUUCCCAACGUAAUUUACGCACUCAAUUGCUAAAUUUCCUGAACGAGUUCGUAUUUAGUGGAGAGUCGAUUAAUGCUGACACUAUACCGAAUGCUGUUAAUCGUGCUGUAACUUGGUUCCUAGGCUCACUUAUGUAUCUCCCGCAGUAUGAGAAACCAGAAUAUGAUUCACGAGACUCUUUAUCUAACAUUUUACGUCGUACGCUACCAGUGUUCUUUAAUUUAAUGAAUGAUAACCAAUUGAACCUAUUGGAAUUUGAGCAACGCCUCAAACGUUUGUGUGAGGACAUCAUUAAACGUUUGUAUAGCGUUUUGACUGUUUGCGUUGGUGAAUCUAAUGCAGAGCAAUUAUGGGCACAGUUGAUGAGACUUCUAUUAGUUCCCUUGCGUUCCAAAUUCCGUGACGAAGCCCUACAAUUUUUGUGUGUCUAUAUUAAUACUGCUGUACCAACUACUACAGACACUGUGGAUGCUGAACAAUUUCUUGUUUUACGUAAUGCCCCUUCAAAUGACGUAGAUGUACCUAUCCCUAUGGAAACUGAUGUUGAUAUAAUCGAGAUAAAUGGCACUUCAUCUGAGUUAGCUAACAUUGUUGAUGAUCAAGCAUGCACUGAGAAUGAAACACCAGCGGAUCCAUUACCUAAUGUUAUAGUUGGCACAGAACCCUGGCAUAAUACUUUUCCAAAUGAGUGGUUACCAGUUUUGACCCGUGAUGUACAAACCCAAUCUGAAACUGACAACACUCAGCCUCCAUUUUCUGAUGCCUAUAUAUCAGGUAUGUCUGCAAAGCGUCGUAAACUUAUACAAACCACAAAACCAUCAUCGGAAACAAAUGCUCUUCUUGCCGAUAACGUUCGUAAUGCAAUAACAGCGGUGGGCGUAACAAGUUCAACCGCAUCUAAUUUACCACAAUCAGUCGAUGAAAUUACAAGUUCUAUCGCAAGUGAUGCUACUGUGCAAGCUUCGUUUGUUGAGGCAGUGCGUACAAAUGUACGUGAUCGUCUUAAGAAGGAUCCUGACUACAAGCCAGAAAAAUAUCCACAAACCGCAAAAUUUAUCAAUAAGUAGGAGCUGAUGUACUGAUAAGUACAUUAAAUUUUAUAUACAUAUAUAUUAAAGUUAAAAUUAAACAAUUAAAACAAAACAAACAUAAAUUCUAUU